CAGAAACACCAAACUCCGAACAGCACCACGGCCCAUCACUCUGUUCGAACGGAUCGGCUGGGACCGCUUGCUUCCCCAUCCAUAGGACGGCGCGAUGGAGUUAUGCACAUGUAGCGCUCCACUAGGCUCCAACCAUGGAGAUGCAAAUGCAGUUCCACUAUUGUAACUUGUCCAGGAAGCUUGGCGAGGGAUAUGCCCUCACGGACCAGGAACAGGCAAAUUUUCUGCUUUGUCGUUUUCGUUCUAUUAAUAUUAAUGGUUGCGUGUCCCACCACCCCGUCCUGCGCCCCGAGGUGUUCUUUCCUUGCUUGUUCUCAUUACAUUCUUCCACCUGUUCUUGAUUCUGCCUCCUGCCGCUGUACACUUCGAUCGCAAUGGCAGAGCACGAGGCUGAGGUUGCUCAGCUGCACCAGUCUUUCGACCGUGUCGAGGGAGCAGCUCACCCGACUACCGAUAUCGCGGGAGGAUCUCUACCCGUCGCCGACGUCAAGCAGUUUGAUGUCGACGAGAAGGCCCCCGCCGUCACCCCUGAUGGUGAAGAGCCCACGGAGGAUGAAAAGCGCACGUUGAGACACAUUGCCGAGCAUCUGCCAGCCUCCGCCUGGCUGGUCGCCGUGGUCGAACUCAGCGAGCGAUUCACCUACUAUGGAACACAGGGUAUCUUCCAGAACUACAUCCAACGCCCACUCGACGGCAGCGAGGGUCGUGGUGCUCUGGGAAUGGGCCACGAGGGUGCCACUGGUCUUUCUACUUUCUUCCAGUUCUGGUGCUACGUGACUCCUAUUCUCGGUGCUGUCAUCGCUGAUCAGUACUUGGGCAAAUACAAGACGAUCGCCUGGUUCUGUGGUGUUUAUAUCGUCGGUCUGGCGGUUCUUCUCUUCACUUCGCUCCCCCCAGCCCUUGAGCACGGCUCUGGUCUUGGUGGAUUUAUCGUUGCUAUCAUCAUUAUUGGUCUCGGUACCGGUGGUAUCAAGAGUAACGUGGCCCCCUUGAUUGCCGACCAGUAUACCCGCAAGAAGAUGGCCAUCAGGACCAACCCCAAUGGUGAGCGUGUUAUAAUCGACCCUGCUGUAACAGUGCAGCGGAUUUACAUGAUCUUCUACGGUUGUAUUAACGUUGGUUCACUGUCCCUUCUCGCCACUCCGUAUAUGGAGCGUGAUGUCGGUUUCUGGUCUGCCUUCCUUCUCUGCCUCUGCAUGUUCCUGGUUGGUGCUGGUGUUUUGGUCUUGGGCCGCAAAUUCUACGUUGUGCGCCCGCCACAAGGCCAGAUCAUUACCGAUGCCUUCAAGGCCAUUUUUAUGAUGAUCAAGCACUUCAACAUGGACGCGGCCAAACCCAGCUGGCAAGCCGAGCACGGCCACAGCCAUUCUCUGCACUGGGACGACCACUUUGUCGACGAAGUGAAACGUGCCCUUAUCGCCUGCCAGGUCUUCGCCUUCUACCCGAUCUACUGGGUUGUAUACGGCCAGUUCUCCAACAACUUCGUCACCCAGGCUGGGCAAAUGUCGGGACACGGUAUUCCAAACGAUCUGAUGCAAAACUUCGACCCCAUCUCCAUUAUCGUUUUCCUGCCUAUUCUUGAACUCGCCGUCUAUCCAUUCAUGCGCAAAUUGCACAUUCCAUUCAAGCCCAUCACUCGUAUCGCACUGGGCUUCUGCGUUGCUUCCUUGGCAAUGGUCUACGCCGCCAUUGUUCAGCACUUGAUCUACGUAUCCGGACCUUGCUACGACAAACCACUUUGCGACGCUUCUAAGGUCAAUGGCGUCGCCCAAGGAAACAACAUCCACAUUGCCAUCCAAACCCCAGCAUACAUGCUGAUCGGUAUCUCUGAAAUUUUCGCCUCCGUCUCCGGUCUCGAAUACGCCUAUACCAAGGCCCCUCCCACCAUGAAAUCCUUCGUCCAGUCCAUGUACCUGCUGACUAACGCAUUUGGAUCUGCCAUUGGCGAAGCCUUGACUCCUGUUGCCUACGACCCAGCUAUUCUCUGGAUGUUUGUCGGAUUGGCGUGUGCCUCGUUCUCAGCGGGUAUCAUCUUCUUCGCUGUCUUCCGCAAGCUGAAUGAUAAGGAGGAGGAGAUGAACGCUUUGGAUGCGGAUGAAUACGGCCCUGAGACCGGCAACGUCGCGCCGGUUCAACAGGAGAAGUAGAUGACGAUGAUAUCAUAUACGAUGAGGUGAUUGAUGCUAUAAUUUUAAUGCAGCAUAAACAACCUAUUGGUAUUUUCUUUCAAAUAAUUAAAAUAAACAAAACAAUCCUCCCUUUUUCAAAACUUCCUCCCUUCCCCC